AUGCCAGCGUCAGAACCAGUCACCUCCUCCGGCAUCGUCGUCGAUGCAACAACCGGUCAACGCCACGUCCCCUCCUCCAUGCGCGCCGACGGCACAAAACGCAAAGAAAUCCGCAUUCGCCCCGGCUACCAGCCACCCGAAGACGUGCAAAAGUACAAAAACCGCUCCGCAGAAGCCUGGAAAAAUCGUGGAAGUGGCGGGGKUCCUGGCGCCGAAGCUGUAGCCUCAAACAACGCACAGCAAGCUGGGAGUGCGGCUAGUAAUAAAAACGCCAAACGUCGCGAAGCGAAGAAGAAGGCCAAGGCUGAGGAAGACGCUGCAAACGAAGGGAACACUACCACCAGCACCGAGACAAAAGAUGCGCUUAAUGCUGAACAUGAGACUGCCGUCGAUCCAGAAGCUGAAAAGGAGAAGAAAGCGCGCAACCUCAAGAAAAAGUUGAGGCAGGCUCGUGAACUUUCGGAAAAGAAGGAGAAGGGCGAGUCGUUACUGCCAGAGCAGUUUGCGAAGGUUAUCAAAAUCAAUGAGUUGAUUCGCGAGCUUGAUGCGUUGGGAUUCGAUGCGGAGGGUGAGAAGAAGAAGCCCGAUGUGUGA